AUGUCGGCCUCACCCCCAGCCAGCCGCAGUCGUGCUUCCCUCUCUUCUUCUAAAUCCCAAUCUCGGUCCAUGGCACAACAAGACAUUCCUCUCGAAACCCUCGUAUCUCAUCUCCUAGCGUCCAAACGCUCUUUAUCAUCGAUUAGCACAGUAUGGCGUGCGAAUGAAAUUGUGACGUCUGCGAGAGCUGCGCUGGAAGAGAGUGUGGUUUUGAAUGCUCGGACAGGCUUCCUCAGGAGCGGCAUCUCGGAGCAGGUCAAGAUAUUAAAGAAGGUUAGAGGAGGGAUUGAGAAUAUCUAUAAGGAGGGACAGUGGGAUUUCAAGAGUGUUAUUCGGACUCUAGACGCCGCGAAUGCAAGACUGGAGUCUACGAUGGAUAUAUUGAGGUCUACAAUGGUGGAAGCUGCAUUUAGGCCUGAAAAAGAGGACCCUCGAAGUCUACUGGAUUUUGUGGAUGAACAGGGAGUAGAGACCAUGCGAGAUGCUUUGAAGGAGUCGAUACGGGAGUCAAAGGAAGCACAAACAGAAUUUGACUCCUCGAUAUUGGCAUUCGAAAAUGACCUUCGUGCCCUCAAAGCCGCCAUGAAGUCUUCCCCACAACCCAGCGCCUCCCAGUCACGCAACGAACUCUCUUCUACAAUCCCUACACAUUUGCAAAGCUUGGAGAGCCAUGCCCAGGAAAUGGCAGCACUUCUCGAUUCCCUGGUCCGGCAUUUUGACCUCUGCGUCAAUGCUAUCCGACAUACCGAAGGAGGAUACGCGGCUGUCCGGAAAGCAGCUUCAUCACAGCCGCCAGGAGCAGAAGCAGUCUCCGUCUCAGGCGUGAUGAACACGGAGAAUGAUCCUCCCUCUGGUGAACCCAUAUCCGACGAAGAGAGAAGAGAAAUGCUUGAUGUCUUAGAAAAGGAUUCUUCGCAAGUGGACGAUGUGGUCAUGGAGCUCAAGGAGUAUCUUGAGGAGAUGGAGAUGAAACAUGAUGCCGUCCUCGAAUAUGUGUCUGCGCUCACCACCACAUAUAACGAAAUGACUGCCGCGUAUCAGAUUCUCGAGGGCAUUGGGGCAAGAUUGCCAGGGUACAUAAUUGCGAGCCAGGAUUUCCGGAUACGCUGGGAGGAAACAAAGAUCAAUAUUGGAGAGCAGCUCAAUGAACUUGAAUCCAUGCGGUUGUUCUACGAAAACUACCAUAGCUCAUAUGAUGGCUUGAUCCUGGAAGUGUACAGGCGGAAACAAUAUGAAGAGAAAGUUAAGACCAUCAUGAAGAAGGCUAUGGAGCAGAUCGAGAAAGUGUACGAGGCGGAUAUGAAGGAGAGGGAAGGAUUUAGAGUCGAUGUGGGGGAUUAUUUACCGGUGGAUCUGUGGCCAAAUGUUAAUGCUCCUGCGCCAAGGUGGGAGUUCGUUCUUGCUGAUGGGCAAGGACAAAGCGAUUCCGUGCCAGUAGUGGAGAGGGCAGUGUUCGACGCUGCUGGGAGGAGGGAUCGGGGGUGCCAAAGGACAGACAGGUGA